UGAUCCAUCAUUGUGUCGUGUGCUUGUUGGUCAGUACUGUCCACGCACACUCGCGCCAGAGAUUAGCGGAGCGCGCAGAGAGGAGCCGCGGGGUUCUAGACAACGUGGCUUGUUACAAUCCUUGGGACGAUGAAGAUCUACUACUACCGGACUUCUUCGGGUCGGAGUGCAACUCGACUAUAGCCCGCGUGCUGAAAGUCAAACAGGUUCUGGCUCAUUACAAUACAACAUCGAGGAUUCUUGGUGUGGAGCUUAGAGGCCGCGGGGCGGCACCAAAUCUUCAUCCUUCUGAAUCUGCCGAGAAAAAAUCAGAUUCUCUCCGCGAAGAUGAGUCGAAGCCUUUUGCAGUAUUCAGUUCCGUGGACUACCAUCUUCGCGUCGCACGGGGCUGCCUCGCCUCUGAAAAUGUUACGGAUAUGGAGAAAACACUGCGACAGCUAGUAUGGGCAAAAUUGCAAGCAGCUCAGCCGUCCAUUGAGAAAGACGAAGAAGAUGAUGGCGGAACUGGCAAUACGGUGGGACGAACUCCAGUCGCGAAAAGGAUUACAGGUCGAUCGAGCUGCUUCCCGGACGAAGGAACUUCUCACGGCACAACCUUCGUCAAUGGAGUUUUCAAAGGACUUGAUUCCUUCGCAGCAGUGGUGGAGUCGAAAAUCAGCAACGGAGGUGCAGCACUGAAGUUAGCCGGCAUACUACAAGACAAUGACGGCGACGAAAAUGAGAGCGAAAUUAGUGCGGCUCCGAGAAGCAACAAGAGCACGACGUUUACUGAAAGUGGUGCUCUACAACUUGACGGGCGUGGUGGAGGUGGCGGGACGAGACGUAUCUACUCACAUGACCACACGGGGACUACAGCUACAGGCCGUUUCGAAGCGGAGAUCCGCGCAGCGUGCGGUCCUUUGUUGAAAGAGCUCGACCCUCUGAGGAUCCACGACUGGGAUUGCCGGGAAAGAAAAGGACCACUGACAGACCAGCCUGCGUCUUCCGCAUCCGCAACGUCCUCUGAGGAGCAUCUUCAUCAGCAUUCUAAUUUACCUGCCAGCUGCAUCUCCAAGGCAGCUCUGGAGGUGGUACCAACUUGCUCACGAGUGAAGAAAGUCAUAGAGGGAGCUGCAGCAUCCUCCAUUGAAGAUCACACUGCUGCGGUUCACAGGAACAUCGAAGAUUUCAUUCAAGAGGACGACCUGCAGCUGCCCCCUCCUGGGAGUAAUAAGACUAUGUCAACAAUAAAAGCUACUUCUCCCUGCUCUUCCUCAGUCGGUUUUGGUGCAGAUGCCGCAUUACAGCUUCAAAAUGGAGCUGCGCAGAAGACAAGUGCAGCAAGUGAAGGGCUGGCGGCUCGACCUGUUGUCAGCGACCGCGAAAGCGAUGACGUAAAUCGAGAGAAGCCUCCUGCUCCCGGAACAAAGAAUGUCAAUGUGCUUACUGUCCCUGCCGUCAAGAAUAGCUGUUCUACGAACGGGAAGAACGGACUCGAAGUCGCCCAGCAAGCUGCUAGCGAACCCGAAGACAAGGACAACCACCUCCACGGUGAGAUGAAACUUCAUGCGAAAACUGGAACUGCAUCAACAGACUCUGAUGGCGGAAAUGUAGGACCAGACGAAGCUGUUUUGUUGUUGAGCAGCUCUUCAGGAGUGAUCACCCCCAGUACCAUGACCCCGCCACCCGAGACUGCGCGAUGCAGUAGCCCAGCGCUCACUGAAUAUACCUACGGGUCUGUCGAUUCCUCACCCCCUUCCUGCGUCGAUGCAAGCGCACUCCUUGAAGAAGCAAAAGCUAAAGCACGACCCGCAGUAAAGGACGAGGGGGAUGAAGUGUCACUGGCUGAGCAGACCAGCAAGGAGAACAAUGACGGAUGCAUGUGUGACGCCGGGGAGGGUUCGAGCUCCCCUUCCGGCACGCGAAACACCGGCAGCAAGGCUGGUGACAUUCCAAAGCCAAGUAGUGCCCCCUUCGGCAUCUGGACGUAUUUGCAGCGGGAAGCACGCGCAAAAGCGGAAGCGGAACAAGACGAUGAAGUGUCGUCUCUUUCCUCUCUGGAAAAUAACGACGAAAAUGUGGAGCGUACGGAUGUGACGUUGCGUCACCACGUGGUCGGUGUUGACGAAACAAAUCUGCAGUUCGUGACGCCUGCUUUGCGCGAGGAACACGGGUGCGACCUCGAGCCAAGCCCAAGUGAUGAAAGGGAUCCUGAUUGUUCUUUGAGAAAUGCGGAUGAAUGCGCACGGUUCGAUGGAAAUCUUGAAGAAUACAUCGCGGCUUAAAGACUACAAACACAAAGCGUUUUUAACGUCGUGCUAGUACAACUUCCCAGCUGCAUGCUACUCGCAGAUCAAGAAACCGUUGUAACUGAGCCGGAUGUUGAAGCGCUCCAGGAGGAGAUCAUGAUAUGCUCCUCUCUUUUUCCGUGACGUUUCGCGACAAGGAUGC